GGCUGUCAAAAUUUACUUUAUGGUCUUUCUCUUUUCUUCAAUAAACAAGCAUUUUUAUUAAAUUUAAUACGGUUUUAGGUAAUACUUCACAGAAAUGACUUCAAAAAGUGAAAAAGACCGUGCUAAACAGAUCCAGGAUCGUUGUCAGAAUAUAUUGAUGGUAAUGCUGAAAGAUGAAGACAAUAAAUAUUGCGUUGAUUGCGAUGCGAAAGGUCCCCGCUGGGCGUCUUGGAACCUGGGCAUCUUUCUAUGCAUCCGGUGCGCUGGCAUCCAUCGCAACCUCGGCGUACACAUCUCCAAGGUGAAGAGCGUCAACCUCGACUCAUGGACUCCUGAGCAAGUGGUAUCCCUCCAACAAAUGGGCAACUCCCGCGCACGCGCAGUGUACGAGGCGAAUUUACCCGACUCCUUCCGAAGGCCGCAAAACGAUUCCUCAUUGGAGGCCUUCAUCCGGGCCAAGUAUGAGCAGAAGAAGUACAUAGCCAAGGAGUGGGUGCCUCCCACCAUUCCUAAAGUCAACUGGGACAAAGAAAUAGACGAAGAAAUGGAGAGACAAAAGCGGAAAAAGAAGUCGACAUCUUCAGGGCUUGGACCUCUGCCCGCUCCCACCACUAGCGACAAGAAAUAUAAUAAAUCCGACGUGAUACCCAGCAUCCCAAAGCCAAAGUCCUCAGUCAGCCCGAAGCUUGGCAGAAGUACACCCACGAGCCAACCGGAGGCCAAACACUCAAACGGAUCCGCUGACCUCCUUGGGCUGGACACCCAAGCCAAGCCGGAGCCCAAACCCAGCGACGACAUCUUCUCCAGCUUCUUCUCCGCACCGCAAGAGAAACCCGCUGAACCUAAACCGGAAACCAAACCGGACUUGAAGACCGAAGAGGAAAACUUCUUCAAACAACCGGCACCUACAGAAAAAGAAAAAUCAAAACUAACUAAAGACAGUAUAUUAGCUCUGUACAGUCAGACUCCGUCUACGAAUUUAGUCAAUCAAUUUAAUCCGGUGCCUCCCACACAGCAAUACCCGUUCGGUGGAGUGUACCAACCACAAGCGUACAACAGCAUGCCAGUGCAAAACGGCAUGCAGUUUAACCAAUUUCAACCAAUGGGGAGCCAGUUUCAACAGCCUUUUGCCGCGCAGCAACAACCCAUGCCUCAAGCGCAGCAGUUUCCUCCGGGAAAUCAAUUUUUUAAUCAACAACAGCCGCAGCAGUUAAAUCAACAAUUUGGAGGACUCAGCUUAGGACAAAGUUUCCCGAACACGUUCACACAACAGAACAAUGUUGCCAGCAAUACAUGGCAAUAGACAUUCACUUAACCCGUUUCAAAGUUGUUUGUUUGUAGUUUUUGGUAAGAGAAAAUGUGACGUACAAUGUACAAUAGUGCUGGUUCUGCUUACCAACAUUCCAUUCAGCCAUAUUUUUUUUUUCAGUAUUAAUUUUUUUAAUGUACUUAAUAUUGAUUUCUCGUACGGUACAGACCUACAGACAAACAACUCUAUAAAAAACGCACGUAACAAUUAGUUUUCUUUUUAUUUUAAUUAUCAUUGUUGCGUUGUACAUAACAAUCGUGAAAAAGGGAUGCACAAAACGUAUUCUUUCUUCACCGUCCAUAAUAAACAGGAAGUCGGUUAAAAAUUUUGAUCUGAAACAUACAUCAGUUGACAAUUUCAAUAUAAAUAUUUGACUUGAUCGUCACUUCAUGACGACCUCGGUGGCGCAGUGGUAAAGUGCUUGCCUCUGAACCGAGAGGUCCCGGGUUCGAUCCCCGGUGAGUCAUGAUGGAAAAUGAUUUUUCGAUUGGGCCGGGUCUUGGCUGUUUAUCUAUAUAUGUUAUAAAAUAUAGUAUCGUUAGUUAGUUAGUAUCCCAUAACACAAGUCUAGACCUUACUUUGGGGCUAGCUCAAUCUGUGUGAUUUGUCCUAAUUUAUUUAUUUAUUUAUUCGUCCACUCGCUCUUCGAUUGGGCGGACUCCUCAAAUUCUUUUCGCCAAUUCCUAUGAUCAGAUUUUCAACUACAAAACAAAGUACAGGGUCAAGUAACGUCUUAAAUUAUUUGUUUUGUAAGCAUUUAUUCCGAUUUUUUAUAAACGGGCGAACUGAAGACAAAAAUAUAUUAUUAGACUCAAUAAGGCGAAGUGACGAACGAGCCCAAUAUUUGGCUGAAUGUGCGCUCAAAUUCUUUCUCACUCGUUGAUCGAGAAGGAUGGACCCAGCACUUAUAAGAAUUAUUGUUGCAAGGGGCAUAUAUUUUUAUCUCUCUCAUCUGUAGUCCGGCCUCUUUUAUGUAUUGCAAUCAUUGUAUACUAUACCUUUCACCGCGCAAGCAGGAGAGGCCGGGCUCCAGAUAAAAGAGAUACUAAUAUGUAUUUGUACUUUAUAUCAAAAAGUUCUAAGUAAUGCGGGUUCAUUAUACACCUUGUGAGCUUUCAAUUUGAAAUUGUAACAGAAAUAGAUUUAUACUUCCACAAUAUCUAGCUAGAAAAAUUCUCAAUAAUCACUGAAACAUUGCAAUAAAUGUGAUAUUUGAUUAAUCGACAUAUUUACAUAGACGCCAUUUUGAAUUAGCCAUCGCUGUUCCCGCGCCUUUAUGCUCAUUUUAGUUUUCUGCAAUUGGUGCAAUGCGUUCGAACCCUACAUAUUUACUCCAAAAUCUUUUUUAUUUUAUAUAAUUUCAAUUUAAUGUUUAUAUUUUUGUAAUUAUUGUGUACAAUUUAUUAGAUGAAUAGAUGUUUUAUAUUUCGAAAUUAAUAAUUAAUUUGCACUUCUAUUAACACAAUUGAAAAGUUCUUUGCACAGAGUACGUGAUUGUGUUCGUGUAUCAGUAUAUUUUGGAAUUAAAAAAGUCUUAUAUUGUUAAGUAGGUAAUUUAAUUUUAAUAAUGAUUAGAUGUGAGAUUGCAGUUUGUCAAAAAAGUUGUGAAACGAGGGGAUCGGUAUUUUUACUGGCAACAUCUUUUUGAAUAAAUGAAAGAUCUCAAGUGUUGCCUUAAAAAUAUUUUGCUUUUUUUUAUUGGCAAUCUGUAUACCGUUAAAUAAUAUAGUGAUUUUAACAAUAACACAUUUGAUUGGGUCUGAAGAAUGUGUAUUAAAAUAUUACAAUAACUAAUUUGGUGAAUUUUAUUUUUAAUCAAUACUUGCAUAAAGGGGCUAUUAGUCAAAGAACUUACGUCAAUAUUUUAAUCCAUUUUUGCAUUUAGGUUGAAUAUAUAAAUAUAUACAAGGUACAGACCUACAGACAAACAACUCUAUAAAAAACGCACGUAACAAUUAGUUUUCUUUUUAUUUUAAUUAUCAUUGUUGCGUUGUACAUAACAAUCGUGAAAAAGGGAUGCACAAAACGUAUUCUUUCUUCACCGUCCAUAAUAAACAGGAAGUCGGUUAAAAAUUUUGAUCUGAAACAUACAUCAGUUGACAAUUUCAAUAUAAAUAUUUGACUUGAUCGUCACUUCAUGACGACCUCGGUGGCGCAGUGGUAAAGUGCUUGCCUCUGAACCGAGAGGUCCCGGGUUCGAUCCCCGGUGGGGUCAUGAUGGAAAAUGAUUUUUCGAUUGGGCCGGGUCUUGGCUGUUUAUCUAUAUAUGUUAUAAAAUAUAGUAUCGUUAGUUAGUUAGUAUCCCAUAACACAAGUCUAGACCUUACUUUGGGGCUAGCUCAAUCUGUGUGAUUUGUCCUAAUUUAUUUAUUUAUUUAUUCGUCCACUCGCUCUUCGAUUGGGCGGACUCCUCAAAUUCUUUUCGCCAAUUCCUAUGAUCAGAUUUUCAACUACAAAACAAAGUACAGGGUCAAGUAACGUCUUAAAUUAUUUGUUUUGUAGGCAUUUAUUCCGAUUUUUUAUAAACGGGCGAACUGAAGACAAAAAUAUAUUAUUAGACUCAAUAAGGCGAAGUGACGAACGAGCCCAAUAUUUGGCUGAAUGUGCGCUCAAAUUCUUUCUCACUCGUUGAUCGAGAAAGAUGGACCCAGCACUUAUAAGAAUUAUUGUUGCAAGGGGCAUAUAUUUUUAUCUCUCUCAUCUGUAGUCCGGCCUCUUUUAUGUAUUGCAAUCAUUGUAUACUAUACCUUUCACCGCGCAAGCAGGAGAGGCCGGGCUCCAGAUAAAAGAGAUACUAAUAUGUAUUUGUACUUUAUAUCAAAAAGUUCUAAGUAAUGCGGGUUCAUUAUACACCUUGUGAGCUUUCAAUUUGAAAUUGUAACAGAAAUAGAUUUAUACUUCCACAAUAUCUAGCUAGAAAAAUUCUCAAUAAUCACUGAAACAUUGCAAUAAAUGUGAUAUUUGAUUAAUCGACAUAUUUACAUAGACGCCAUUUUGAAUUAGCCAUCGCUGUUCCCGCGCCUUUAUGCUCAUUUUAGUUUUCUGCAAUUGGUGCAAUGCGUUCGAACCCUACAUAUUUACUCCAAAAUCUUUUUUAUUUUAUAUAAUUUCAAUUUAAUGUUUAUAUUUUUGUAAUUAUUGUGUACAAUUUAUUAGAUGAAUAGAUGUUUUAUAUUUCGAAAUUAAUAAUUAAUUUGCACUUCUAUUAACACAAUUGAAAAGUUCUUUGCACAGAGUACGUGAUUGUGUUCGUGUAUCAGUAUAUUUUGGAAUUAAAAAAGUCUUAUAUUGUUAAGUAGGUAAUUUAAUUUUAAUAAUGAUUAGAUGUGAGAUUGCAGUUUGUCAAAAAAGUUGUGAAACGAGGGGAUUGGUAUUUUUACUGGCAACAUCUUUUUGAAUAAAUGAAAGAUCUCAAGUGUUGCCUUAAAAAUAUUUUGCUUUUUUUAUUGGCAAUCUGUAUACCGUUAAAUAAUAUAGUGAUUUUAACAAUAACACAUUUGAUUGGGUCUGAAGAAUGUGUAUUAAAAUAUUACAAUAACUAAUUUGGUGAAUUUUAUUUUUAAUCAAUACUUGCAUAAAGGGGCUAUUAGUCAAAGAACUUACGUCAAUAUUUUAAUCCAUUUUUGCAUUUAGGUUGAAUAUAUAAAUAUAUACAAGGUUACUUUUGAAGCAGUAUGAAUGUUGAAGACAAAAAUGAAAUGCUUAUAUAAUGUCAAUACUCUUAGAACUAAUUGUUUAUGACCUCAGCAGCUAAUUAAUGGUCUAGUUUGCUUUACAAGUGAUCCUGUAUUGUGUAAAUUGGCGUUAUGAUUGAUACGAUUUUUUACAGCGUGGUCGCAUUUUCUUUUUAAAGUCUAGUCUUGAGGCUUUAUACGUCCUAUUUAUACUUAUAAAAGAAGAAAGAAUUUACUUAUUUUCAAAUUGUAUUUACCUAUAUCAAUUGAGCUGAAUAUUUCAAAAAUAAAAAUAAUUCCAAUCCGAAUCAAAUUUUUUUUUUCAUAUUUAUUAACAUGAUGUGUCAUUUAAAUGUAUAUGAAGGUAUAACAUUUUGGUGUAUUAUUUUCUUAGAUAAACGUGAUUGAUUAUGGAUUAAUAAAUGUAUAAAACAUAGAUUAUAUUCAGGGCGAACACAAUUAAACAUAAUGCCGACAAAAA